AUGAGUGCAGCGUAUGCAGGUGUCCCUGACAGCCUAGGAGCGAUAUUUCUGUUCUUUAUCACAAUUCCCGUCAUGAUCACGCUGGAGGACGUUUACAGAACUCGAGUAUGCGGAACGUCUCCCUUGGAACCAAUGGGUUCCUUAGGCUUUCUGUGGGAACUUGCCUGGCUCUACGUGUGUGUGCCGUGGUUUGCGUACACAGCGUUGAGGUUGCCGGUCAGGACGAGCGCGGUGAUGCCGUUCAGCUUCGUAGAGGAAUUUGGGAGUCAGGUUGUGAUAGGCGCGGUUAUUUCGGGCAGGAUUCUCUGGACUUUCGUGGGCGAAGAGACAAUCUGA